CUGCUAACAAGAUGUUUUUUUCUAGGCACCAAUGACACUGCUAUUUUAGCGGCGGCCAUAGCCCUAUUAGUAAUCUGCCUCCUAGGCCUCUUUGGAAUCAUCGCAUAUCUACUAGUAGACCGUUAUCUUCUCAAAGAACCCGUAAUUACGCAAGAGUCGGAUACGACACAUUGUGGAAAUGAUUUACACGCAAAGGGCCUUGCCUUCACUCGGCCACAGACGGCACAUCUUGGAAAUGAUUCAUACGGAGAGGACGAUAUGUGCCCUCCGCUCGCCAAGGAGACUGAACCAUGCGACUACGAAGAUUUGUUGCCACCAGCCGUCCCAUCUAGCGUUUAUCUAACGGCUCUUCCAGUCCGCAACACUUCGGUCGCAGAACCCGGAGUUCCCAAAUUGCUUCCCGAAAAGGACGCCUUUUUGAUGGGGACCAAGAAGCCGACUAAUAUAUCCAAUGUUGAAAAACAGUUGAAACCCACGACCGCUGAAAAUCCAGUAUACGUGGGACCACGCCAAGAUGACUUGGAAAAUAAUUACGAAGACGUCAGCCCAAAUGCGCGGUACGGAAUACGAAACGGCUGA